AUGUCGGAAAGUGAGAUCCACCCAGUAAACACAGUGCCACCGGUGGCUAACGGUGGCUAUCGGCGGCUAGAGGUGGCUAAAUUUUGCAACGUUAUUACCACUGACAGGCAUCACGCAUACAAUCCUGAUAUGUAUGGUGAUUUAUUUCAGGCAUAUUCAACAUACCAGUGUAACAGAGGUGGUUACCACAUGUGGCAUGUGGUAAUCGCCGAUUGCAAUGGUGUUGUAGGUGGUGUUUCCUACUCCUUCAUCCGCAAUGAGUCACAGGAGUGUUAUGAUGUGGCUGUUGAGCAUUUCAUGCGAAUAACGAUUGUUGUAGACAAGAAUAGGUCGCAGUUGUGUAGCUUGCGGACAGCGGUGCCUGAUGCCACUGUAAUUUUUUGUUCUUUCCACGUAAUACAGAGCUUCAGUGCUAGGAUUCACAAGCUUAGGAAUGUGACUCAUUCGGAUAAGGAGAUUCUGUUUGCCUGGUCAAAGCGAGUGGUGCACCGUAGGGAAUUGAGUGAGCUCGAGGUCUAUGCCACCAGCAUUAGAAGCCGGAAUCAGGGGUACUGGUCAUACCUCACACUGGUUAAACGACCUGAGUACUUGGGCAAACAUGCACGGAAGCAUGCUGUGACCCUUGGUAAUGAGACUACGAACCGGGGCGAAUCUGCCAAUAGGUACAUCAAGUGGAAGCUUACUGAGUCUUCCUCGUUCCUCACCUGUGUCCAGGCUAUCAUUAACAGGAAUGAGCAAAUAGAAGCCAAAUACAGGAGACUGGUGAGCAUUCCACUUGUGCGCGGCCAACCUGAGGGGGCGACGGUACCAUCACACUUAGAGUGUUUGGACCGACUGACACCAUACGCCCAGAAUAGGGUCCGUCGCAACCACAGCAAAACUGUGGAGUUGGCCGAAAGCACUCCGUCGUACCUUUUAUUUCGCGAUGGCAACAACCUUCAUUUGGGAGAACCCAUGAAAUGCUCGUGCUCGUUUACGAGCGCAUGGUUGUCGGCAUAUGGCGUUUGCGGCUGA